AUGGGGCGCCGAGUCAGAGGUUCCACUGCUUUGGUGGCUGGCGCAGGUCUAUGCUUGGUGCCCGGAGUUCUUUUUGUUCCCUCUCUGUCGUCGCCAUCCUCAGUCCCUCGCGCUGCGCCUGUCUCGAUUCCAUCUGUCCGAGCUCCGGGACAAGGUGAGUCUGGCCUGAUGAGCUUCGUGGGUGCCGCAACGACGGCAGCCCUGGCUGUUUGCGUGGGACGCGUCACACGCGCCGCAGAGCCUGUCGAGGCAGCUGCGACUCCAGCCGAGAAAGAUGCAGAUGCCGAGGCGGCGGCAUCAACGACAAGCACUGCGACUGAGGAGAGCGAAGUGCCAGCAGAGAGCGCGGACGAG